AUGGGCUCAUUCAACAAUGCCUUGCCCUUGCGGGUUAUAAGGAAGGCCAGUGGUAUGAGCGACGCCCACAGCAUCACAAAACUGGCGAAAACCUUUUGCAGACAAAGCCAUGUUCAGCUUGAGCUGCGGGAGCUCAACAUUACUGUGGCUGAUGAAAUUGAAGUUGAUGGUAGUCGGAAAGCUAUCAUCAUUUUUGUUCCAGUUCCUCAACUGAAAUCUUUCCAGAAGAUCCAAGUUCGGCUAGUGAGUGAAUUAGAGAAAAAGUUCAGUGGGAAACUUGUAGUUUUCAUAGCUCAGAGGAGAAUUCUGCCUAAACCAACAAGAAAAAGCCACACGAAAAAUAAGCAAAAGCGCCCCAGAAGCCGUACUCUGACUGCUGUGCAUGAUGCUAUCCUUGAGGACUUGGUUUUCCCAAGUGAAAUUGUGGGCAAGAGGAUCUGCAAGAAACUGGAUGGCAGCCAGCUCAUAAAGGUUCAUUUAGACAAAGCCCAGCAGAACAGUGUGGAGCACAAGGUUGAAACCUUUUCUGGUGUCUAUAAGAAGCUCACAGGCAAAGAUUUUAAUUUUGAAUUCCCAGAGUUUCAGUUGUAAACAGAUGACUAAAUAAA